UAAUUCAUCAUCGCACUGUCUGUCUGGCAAUUAACAGCAUUCACCUGGUCUCUAGUAUGACUAUUUGAGAACAUUAUUGGAAAUUCCGAUUGAGACUAUGCAAUAAUUUUCAUCUUCUAGUUGCCAUAAUAUGAAAUGAUGACAUAGUUCCUAUCAUUGGGACAGUUUUGAAUAAUCAAUCCGUCUGCUUUGCCGGCAGAUAUUUCCCCGACGAUGAAGGUUCAAUUUGGUGUUCACCGUGGCACGGCCCUGCAUGUGGUUGUCAUGGGUACGCACGUGGCCAAACAAGGUUGUCACGCGUACCUUGGUAACAGUGACGGUACAUUAUGACAUCGUUUCUAACAAACAACCCAAGUGACAUUUCUCCUUCAACCUUGGCGCAUUUUGUCAAGUCUAUUGUCAUUUCAUGAGCUCGGGUAAAAGUGACUCAGCAACAAUUCAAACUGAACUGCACGAUAUUCGAAAAUGGUGAAGCUUGACGGAGGGAGAUCGUUGAUAGUAUCAACGGCUUCGCAUUAUUUCGGAGUUCCGGUUGACGCGAAUCCAGCAAUCGCGGGUACUCCUGAGGUAGAAAAAUUCCUCGAUGAACCUUCGUGCAGGACGCUGUGCGCCCAGCCCCGAGAGUCGGAGGACAUGGGACUAAAACUCACUAUCGAGCUACCCUCCCGUGGAGGCAACACCUUGGUCUUCUUCAAGGUGAAAGCUGCCGCAGUGACAGACGAGAACUUUCACGACCUGGUUCAGGUCGUGACGACGGGUGGCAACGCGAAGCGUGCAGGUUCAUCCAACACGGGUGAAGGCUCGGCUCUGUUGAGCGCCCUUCGCCUGGUCUGGGGCCCGGCUCUACAGCGGGCGGGGGUCGCUGGAGAUCUGCUGAAGAGGCUGGAAGAGGGUCUUCUUGGACCCCGGCCGGCUACUACGGUCCUCGAGGAACAGGCAACUUGGGAGAGACGGGCUAGCGGGGGGAAAAGCUCUGAGGAACGACGCGUUGCCAUUGAAGCUACGGAGACCUUGAAGCGAAUGAGACUUGAGCUGGAUCGCGCUGCAGCCUCGAGGGAAAGCCUCGAGGCCGCUGAGGAGGCGUUGGAAGCGGUUGCUGGGUACGUCGACGACCUGUGGAAGCUCGAGGGGUCAGCAUACUCGGAGCAUAGAAUGAGAUCGCUACUCGACGUUAUUGGUAACGAAAUUGUUUCCGUCGCGGAGUCUCUCGUCAAUGCCCAAGGUAUUGGUGCCGGUGACGGACCCCAGGCGAGGGAUGAAGCUGUGGCCGUCGGGGCCAGCCUCUGCGAGAAGUGGAUGGUUUCUUGUGAAAGACUAACCGGACUCUUUUGGCCUCACCAAUCUCUUCAUCCUUGGAAAGGCCCAGUUCACACGCCUCAAAGAUGCGCCAGCUUGGGAAAACGACUUAGGCUCCUUACGGAACUUCGUGCUCAACACCGGCAGCUUGUUAGACUAUUGACGCCGGGUGAGCGUGCCGCUCUCGGAGCGGAUCGUCUUUUGCGAGUCUUCGACGAAGUUCAAGGCCUUAGUGCCGACGAGGACGAGGCUGCAUGGGAACGAGCAAAACGGAAAGUUGAGGAGUCUUUGGGACCCGCUGAAGAAAGGGUUGCCGCAAAGCUGCGUGCCCAGUUCUCUGGGGUUCGAGGUCCGGCUGGUCUAGCUGCAGAGUUUCGUCGCUAUGGGGAACUCCUGAAGAGAGAAGCUCUGAGGAGGGCGCUUCGCGGCGAGCGAGAGGCCCUGCUUUCGGCUGUCAGUGGUCUUGUGGAAUCUUGUCAAGUCGGCCCAGACACGGUUCGCCUCCUCGAUAAUCCUCGCAUCCUUCAAGAUAUCCAGGCUGCCAGGACAGCCGAGCUCAGGCUUGAGGGACUGAAGAACCUCGUCAAAGAGCUGCUCGCGGAUCUUCCUGGAUAUGAGGAUGCGGUAAUGACCAUCACCGCGGCUCUGAAAGAAGCUGCAUCGCGGAGACAAGAGCUCAUCGAGUCGUGGACCAACGAGGUUCGAACGGCGGUGAUAUCGAAGGAGCUGAGUCUUGACGCCGAUGGUGCAGUGGUUGAGCUGACCGGUGCGAGCAUGAUGCGCGUUACUUACGACCCGCGGCUAACGCAACUCGUUCGCGAAGUCCGAGCAUUGGCUGGGCAAGGAAUUGAACUUCCUCGGGAGAUUGGCCAACUGGCCGAGAGGGCAGGAGUUUUGGCAAGCCGCGCUAGGGCCUUGCAGCAGGUUGCCACCUUUCACAACACAAUCGGGGAUCGCAUGGUCCCGUCUCAAAGGCCCCUCAUGCUUGUGGCUGCGUUGGAAUUGGCUCGUGCCGUUCGCGAACAGUCAGGAGUUGCAUGGAACGACCCCCACAGAGUGGACGCCUACACUGCGCGACUCAGGGAGCUAGUGCGAAAAUUUGCGCAACAGAAUUCGGAGUUGACUGAAAAACACUCGGCUCUGUGCGAACGCGUGGCGAGUUUGCUCAAAGGGGAUGCCGUCAAUUUAGCGACUAAUCAAAACGGAUGGAAGGAGACGCUGCGCAAUAUGCGGUCCACGGUCGACACAGUUGAAGGACAGUACGGCAACACUAAGGCGUGGAAGCUGCACUGGGAUCGUCAGCUGUUGAAGGCACUUGGCGUAGCUUACCGGGCUGCGCUACCCUCGCUUCUCCAGAAGCUUCCAGAAAUUCGAGUUGAACUUGUAUAUCACGAUGGCCGUCUUCAGUGGCGGCCCCCGAUGGAAGAGGUCCGUGCGAAGGUUUAUUCCGCGCUCCGUCGGUUCCUUGCAAUUCCCACGAAUUUCAGGGGUGUUGGCGAUGCUGCCGAAGGACAAUUCGGUGGCCUCGUUCGACGCAGCGCUUAUCUCUUCGGGCGUGUUUACGCGGAAGCGGAAAUCGUUCUUGCCGCAAUGGAAGCGACCCGUGUCAAGUGGAUACCACUCGCUGCUCCUGCAAGAAUGGACCCUGGUGAACGAUUGAAGGGACGUCCGCCUGUCGAGUGGGAAAAGGCCUUCAAGGAUGCCAAGCAGUGGGCCCAGGAGGUGGGCCGAUUGAGGGGAAGUGAGAUCCGCCUUUGGUGCAUUCGGGUGGACACAGGUACGGCAAGAGCAGACCUUGAGUCUACAACGCGAAGGAGUUGGGAGCGUCUCUCGGUGGAUCUGAGAACGGAGGCGUCAUCACGAUUAGUUGCAGUUACUGAGUUUCUCUCAUCGGCUUCACAGGAACUCGACCGACGUCCGAGAAGCAUAGAGGAAAUUGGAUUAGCCCGUGAAGCAUACGCAAGAAUACGUGAUGAUGCUACUGGAAUUGCAAAAGAGCUUGAAGACAUCGCUGGUCUCGCGAGAGUCCUGGCAGCCUGGACCAGGGAGCGACUGGAAGGGGUAAACGGUGCAAGGGCGGCAUGGGAGGGCCUUGGAGAUCGGUUGGAGAGACACCAGACAGUGAUAACGCGGCAGAUGGAAGAUGCGAAGUUGAAUCUUCGGCACAGGUACGUUGCGUUACGAGACGACAGAGAGCGAUGGGAGGUGAGGUGGAGUUCGAGGUCGGAAGCGGCUGACGUUGAGUGGCUCGUAGCGACACGAGAGCGAUGGUUUGCUUUGAAGGCGAUAAAAAAGGGGCUUGAUGAGGAGUGCCAUCGGCUCGGUUUGAGCCCCGUUGAAAUUGGGGUGGAUGACCUUCAAACUGGCCUAGAUGACAGCGGACUUUCAGUGUCUGCGGAAAUUGAGGCGGAACUUGAAGCUCUGGAAACUAACUGCAAAGUGCAAGCUGAGUUCAUGGAGGAACUUGGCAAGCAGGAAGCGGAGGAGUGGACCAUUGCGAGGAGGAGGUUGCCCCGGUUUCAGGACUGGCUUGACUCGUGGGAAGCUCGGCUUCGGGGUCCUGGAGCGGGACUUGAACAGGAACCAACCAGGAGAGUUACUUUUGUUGAAAAAAAAGUUCGUGAGAUCAGGUCUGCGGUCGAGUGGGCACAGCACCUUCGUUCGGACGAUCUGGUCGAUGAACACUGGGCUGAACUCAGCGAGAUCCUUGAUCUGCCAGCCAAAAGACUCCAGGAUGUAACUCUUGGUCAUGUUUUGAACGCUGCUCCUGUCAUUAACGAAAAAAUUGAUUAUGUCAAGAUGGUGACGAAGAGGGCUGCUGCUGAGGGAGGUAUUCGUCAGGCACUCGCUGAACUUGAAUCCUGGGAAGGAUCCGCCUCGCUUCCUCUGCAAUCGCCUAAGGACAGCCAGGGAGUAAUCGUGCACAUUGUUGUGGAAUACGCUGGUCUCUUAGCGAGGGCAGGUGAGUUACGGCUUCUCCUGGAGGGAGCGAGAAGUUCUUCUUGCUAUGAGAGAUUUGCGGCUCGAGCAGUUCGCUGGGAAGCUGCUCUCUCCGAGUUGGAAGAAAGGGUACGAAUCCUGAGCGCAGUUCAGAGAAAGUGGAUUUAUUUGGAGCCAAUAUUCGGUGGAGGUGCAGCGCCCAACGAGGCUGCUAAAUGGAUGAGAGCUGAUAAGGAGUUCAGGUAUCUAAUGGCGGAUAUAUCAAGGGACCCCAGAGUCCCAGCAUUACGAAGACUUCCUCUUCCUGCCCUAGUAGAUCUCAAGGAUGCUUUGGACCGGUGUCAGCGCAGCCUAGACGAAUUUCUCGAGGAAAAGCGUGCUGCAUAUCCGAGGCUCUAUUUCCUGAGUGACGAAGACCUUCUGGAGUUGGUGUCUGGGGGACGAGGAUUGGAGGCACACUUGCCGAAGUUGUUUCCAGGACUUGGUGGCGCUGUUACGGAUCAACAUUUUUUGAAAGCUGUUAUAUCUCCGGAGGGUGAGGUGAUCAAGCUGCCCAAAGAUAUUGAGCUGACAGAACCGUUACCGGAGUGGCUCGCCGCUCUUGAAGCCGGCAUCAGGGAUGCUUUGCGUCUGAGUUUAGACGAGUGUUUGGCAGAUUCGUCACCCGAUCCUUCGCAUUAUCCCGCCCAGAUUCUACUUCUCUCGGAACGAAUUCGGUUCACGGAACGAUGUGAGCGAGCGAUGCGUGAAGGUAUUACGUCUCUAAAGAACCUUGUAGAGGCUUUAGAGGCACAACGAGCGCGGUACCGGGGCUUGGAGGACAUUGGGGAUAAACUGACCGCUCUCAAAGCUCGCGGACUCCUCCUUGACGUCGUUCAUCAUCUCGGAGUUGUCCGGUCAUUGGUUAAUUCGAUCAUGACCGCACCUGGUAGCACCACCAAGAUCUCCUGGGACUGGAGUCGGCAGUUGAGGACCUACAGGGGGACUGCCGAAACUGGUGGACCGCUGAUUCGUUGUGCUGGUGCGGAGUUUCCGUAUCGUUUUGAGUAUCAAGGAGCCAGUAUUGGGCUCGUUCGGACCUCGCUUACGGAAAGAUGUUUCCUGGCUUUGACCCAGGCGAUGAGGCUUGGCUUGGGUGGUAGUCCAACUGGUCCAGCUGGGACCGGUAAAACUGAGAGUGUCAAGGCACUCGGCGCUAUCCUGGGAAGACUCGUCCUCGUUUUCAACUGCGAUGAAGGAAUGGAUGCAAGUAGCGUCCGUCGAAUCCUGGGUGGCUUGGCGCAGGCUGGAGCCUGGGGUUGUUUCGACGAGUUCAACAGGCUGAAGGAGGAGACGUUGAGUGCGGUUUCGAUGCUCGUCGGUCCGCUGCAAGAGGCAGUUCGUGAUGGUGCGGCUCAGGUAAUGCUCGGGACCGAUCGCGUCAAGUUGGACCCGCAUUGCUGUAUUUUUAUCACGAUGAACCCAGCCGGCGCUGAGUACGGCGGGCGACACAGGCUACCCGAUUCUUUGGCAAGACUCUUCCGUCCCGUUGCUAUGGCGCGUCCUGAUCAACUCGACAUUGCUGGUUCACUUUUGGAAUGUGCCGGUUUUCUAGAAGCUCGGACUCUCGCGAAACAGCUUGUCGAGACACUGGACUUGGCGCACAAACUCUUAUCCAGACAGCCUCACUACGACUGGGGGCUCAGGGCACUCAGGUCUGUCCUUGAGGCCGUUUAUCGAACCUCUGGAAAACGGUCUGAUGCUGAAACUACGAGACUGUUGGAAGGAUUGCGGAUCGCUAUAAUGCCGAAACUAACCGAGUCUGAUUCGUCCAAGUUUGCGGCUUUAUUGUCAGACGUGUUUCCAAAUGAGAAAACGACGAAUUCAACCAGUGUCCAAUCUCUUGACAAUGCCAGCGAGCUUUCCAUUGCUGUAGAAACUAUUUGUAAAGCUUCAGAACUCGGCACCGACAUAGCCGAGAGGUGUGUUCAGCUCGACCAACAGCUCCAGGCUCGCACUGGCGUUGCUAUCGUUGGUCCUCCAGGUUGCGGAAAGACUCUGCUUCGGCGAACACUUGUCAGCGCUAUGGCGCGCGUUGGAACGCCAGUUACUCAGUUCCUAGUUUACCCCGGUGCGGUGGCUAAGACGAAACUUCUCGGUCGCGUUGAUCCACAGACGAGGGAAUGGAAGGAAGGCCUCCUCUCUGGCAACGUUGCUUCCGCAGGAGACACGCCGACUUGGAUCGUCUUGGAUGGAGAUGUCGAACCUGCCUGGGCAGAGGCUCUAAAUUCCGCCUUGGACGACAACCGUCUAUUGACCUUGCCGAAUGGAGUCGGCGUCCGUUUAGGCACUGGAACAAGAUUCAUCUUUGAGACUCAUCGGCUCGACGGAGCAAGUCCUGCGACUGUCUCUCGUCUGGGUGUCGUACAUCUCGGUUCCGUUCCCGUGAAGUCGCUGAUUUCGCCAUCACGUCUUGAAAACCUUCCUUCGCAGGUGCAGGAGGUCGUCCUGACUCAUUUAUCAAAAAGUGUCGAGGUGGCACUCAAAACAAACAGACACCGAUCAUCAGCUUCAGGACUAAUAGACGGUGUCAUGACACACCUGGGGAUAGCCAGGACUCGCACUAGAGCAGCUCUUUCUCUAGUCCAGUCGUUGUGUGGUGAAAUUGAGGAUCCUGUAUCUCGGGAUAACUUGGCACGAUUUCUAUACGAGAUUUGUGACUGCAGAUGUCCAGAUCCGAAAAAACCCUGUGCUGUUAUGUAUGACCCGGAAAGGGAUCGACUGGAGCCACUCGAUGAUGCUGUGAUUCAUUUGGACACGGAUGAAGGCCCGCUAUUCCUGUCAGGCUCCGUAAAGAUUGCCCUGGCAGCCGUGAGCCCCUGGAUAGAAUCGGGUCAUCCAGUUCUGUUGCGAGGCUCACCCGGGUGUGGAAAAAGCUCAACGAUUGCGGCGGCUCUCGCGUCAACGCGGGAUAUGCGAAGCGGCGCCUCUGUGGUCCGGGGCUCUUCUUUGCACGGUCCUGAAGAGUUAGUGGCGCGUUUAAAACGAGCUUGCAUUCAAGUAGACGCGUCCACAGCUAACGGUAGAACAUACAGACCGAAGAGCGGGCGACGCCUGAUUCUGCUGCUCGAGAAUAUUCACUUGGCUUCGAAGGAUCUGCAGGAACUCGUAAGACAGAUACUUCAGGAAGGCGGAUUCUAUGAAGAUGAUCUGGAGUUUGCUAAACUUCCAGUUUCUGCUGUCUGCACAGCUGACUCCGUUACGCCUCUUCACCCGAGGUUGGAAGCUCUUCUGGCAACUCACCAUAUGUCGCAACCAAGGUCUAAGGAGUUGCUGGCUAUCGUUGAGCUUCAUCUGCGGUCCGCGCUCAGGCAUAAUACUGGGAAAAAGGAUGCUGCGGACACAUUUGCACCUCGAAUGGCAACCGCGAUGCUGGAAGCUAUUCGGGGACUUGCAUCAACGGAGACGGAAUGGACUGCUCGUGAUCUUGCGACCUGGGCGGAUGCUCUUCAGUUUUACCCGAGCCCAGAAGACGUUUCCGAGGCAGUUCAGCACAUGGUGGAUGCCGGACGUCACCUUUUUUCCGCAAGGCUCACCCAGCGCGAAAGAUCACGCUGGGAAUCGAGUGUUCUUUCGAGGUUUCCGGACACCAAGGGAGCUGGGGAUGAUAUUUAUGCUUGGAAAGGGGAUGGCGAUGGUGCGGGGCUGAUUCCGUUUGCAUUAGAACAGUGGCGCGAAGAAGUCGCUAAUGCUGCAGUGAGAUGUGCGAGAGAAGGACAACCGGUUGAGGCGGAAAUGACGUCUCAAUUUUUGCAGUUGGUCGCAGGAGUCAGUUGGGCACUUGGAAAAGAUCAGAAAGGUCAGGGAGGGCUUGUCCUGAUUGGACGUCCUGGUGCAGGUCGAAGAACUGCGGUGAGGCUUGCCGCGAUGCUUUCCUCUUUCAACUUGAUCAACGCUGCUUCCGGCCGAGGACGAACUGCCGUAAAGGCAGCUGUUCAAACUGCGGGAAUUGACGGACAGCCCACACUUUUACUUUUGGAAGAGCAUCACCUCAGGGAAGAGGAAACUGCAAUUCUGAUUGCCGCUCUGAUAGACAAGGGCGAAAUUCCAGGGCUCGUUAGUUCUGAGGAACUGGAUGGCAUGCUCGUGCCGCUUGGCGAAUUGGCACGUAGAGAAGACUUUACCGGGAGCUUGGAGCAAUACUUGCAGCACCGUUUGAAGCGACUGCUUCGCGUCGCUAUGAUAUUCGACGAGGGUGACACAAGAGAAGAAUGGAUUUUGCGAUCGGGGGUGUUGCGACAAUGCGUUCUUCUUGGAGGAGAUCGUUGGUGGACCUCAAAGACAGUCUUGACUGAGUUGGCUGUGCGAAGAUGUGCGGAUGGGGAUGAGAAGCAGGAUUCCGAUGUAGGAAUCGUAGUUGCAGCUCAUCUCGCGGUAGCUGAUCCUGCACAGCAGACACCUGCAAGUUUUCUGGCACUCUUACAUUCCUACGAAAUUCUGAAAACGCAGUGGAUGCAGAACGUCGAACAGGAGAUAGCUAGCCUUGAGGCUGGUAUCGGACGUCUCACGGAAGCGGGUGAAAGAGUUGCUAAACUUCAGGCAGAGGCAUCGAAACAACGCGAAGAGCUAGAGAUUGAAAAAGGCAAAGCAGCCUCGGCUCUAGACCAAAUAACGGCAACAAUGCGGGGCGCAACUGGUCAAAGGGAGGAAAUGACGACUCUGAAAGCUGAGACGGAGCGUGAAAGUGCUGAGGUGGCCCGUCGUAAGGGUGACAUCGAGGCGGAGUUGGGCAGGGUAGAACCAUUGGUAGCAGAAGCCGCUCAGGCGGUCGCAGGAAUCAGUGCCGAUGCCCUGGCGGAAGUGCGUUCGUUACGAGCACCUCCCGCGCCGGUGAGAGAUGUCCUCGAGGGUGUUUUACGGCUAAUGGGAAUCCGCGACACAUCCUGGAAUAGCAUGAAGACUUUCCUCGCGAAACGUGGCGUCAAAGAUGAGCUCAGGACUUGGGAUGCGAGGCAAAGCUCUUCCGCAAGUCUCGAUGCCGUCGAAAAGCUCGUAACCGAAAAGCCGGAUAGCUUUCAAGAGAAGACUGCAAGGAGGGCGUCUGUUGCUGCUGCUCCUCUUGCAACGUGGGUUCUGGCCAACCUCAGAUACGGCCAGGUCCUCCGCGAUGUCGCUCCACUUGAGAGGGAGCAGCGAGUCCUUGCCGAACGACUUUCUAUGGCGGAGGCUCAGCUGGGCAGACUGGCAGCGGGUUUGAACACUGUGGAGGGUCGAGUUGGUCAGCUGCAACUGGAGCUUGCAGAGCAUUCGCGGGGCGUCGCGGCGCUCCAGCUGCGAGCAGAAAGCACAGAGACGAGUUUGGCGGCAGCUCAAGGUUUGCUGCAGGGUUUGGGCGCGGAGCACCGUGACUGGGAAGAGCAGCAUCGACAUUUUACCGAGAGAAAGAUGCGCUUGUCAAGGGAAGCAGCGGGCGCGGCGACGCUGCUCGUUUACCAGAGUUCCGGGGAACGGCGAGACGAGGAUAAGACAUCGGUCGAUCUGCUCACCACUGAACGUGAGCGUCUUUCCUGGAGGGCGCAGGGUCUUCCGGUCGACAGUGAGAGCCUCGUCGGCGCGGUCCGGGCCCUGAAGGGGCCCCUGGUUCCGCUGUUUUUGGAUCCAUCAGGGGUCGCCGUUGCUUGGUUGAAGUCGAACCAGGCUUCGUGCGGUUUGGAGGUCACGAGUCCCGUAGAUUCCCGUUUCCUUACUACCCUGGAGCUCGCCGUGCGUUUCGGCAAGCCGCUCCUCGUCGAGGAGAUCGAUUCACUGCCCUCGGUGAUUCUUCCGCUCCUAAGACGCGGCCCUCUCCGUCUUGGCGAUCGAGUUCUUGCCGCGCAACCUGGCUUCAAACUGUUCUUGGCUACGCGCAGGGAAUCCGUCACAAGGGGCGAGGGACUUCCGAGGGAGGCUGUCGUCGCGGAGGUUGUCCUUGGCGCCGGGAUCGGCAGCCUUGCUGAGCGUCUCGUGGAACGCGCCCUUCUUCGUGAAACUCCCGGUCUCGAGGAGGCUCGCAGAGCGGCCUUGGAACGGGAGGAAAAACUUGCUGGUGAACGUGACGCUGCACGCAUUGACCUUCUGGCUCAACUCGGAGCUGCACGCGGACAGGAUCUUCUCCUUGGCGAGCAAGCGUCCGGUGGUGGCUUGCUCGGCUCCCUAGAAGCCACGCAGGCCAAAGCUAAGGAGAUCGCUCGCGCUCUGAAAGACAGCAGGCAGAGUCUCGAGGAAGUCGCUAAACGCGCUGAGCAACACGCCGCUUUUGCCACUUUUGCCGCUGGGCUUUACGAAGCUGUUAAGGAUCUGCCGCGACUUGGACCUCUUUAUGUAUUCUCUGCUGAGGAAUUCACGUUCAUAUAUUUGAAGGCACUGAUGCCUCGUGAUGUUGACAUUGUUGGAAGCAAUAUUGUCGGCGAAUCCAGAGUUGAUGAGAACAGGAAGAAGAGACUGAUAGCGUUAACGCUGCAGCAUUGCACUAGAGCAGCUUAUCGCAAGCACAGGCUCGCAUUGGCGUUACAUUUGGUGCUAGCGUUGAGUGGCGACGUACCGAUUGCAGAAAAGAAUCUACUGCUAAGUGAAAGCGCGACGUCGAGCGUCGGAGCGGCAAUGACACCGGAAUGGGUACCGGAUGAGCGAAAGUCGGCUGUCGCUGCGCUGAUAGCUGUUCGGCCACAGCUCGGUUCGAAGCUUUGUCCUGCCUGGCUUGCAGACGCUGGGAAGAUAUUCGCUGACACAACAUUGACGCCACUCCAGAAGGCUCUUGUCGUAAGAGUCUUGCGACCUGACUACCUUCAUACUGCUCUAUCUAAACUUGCCGCUAGUCAGCUUGGUGUUCGAGACAUCGCUCCUCCAGCACUGUCGCUCGGUGAAGGUGACUGGGAGGAUUGUCCCGUUCUUUUGCUUCUUUCCCCGGGUGCAGAUCCUGGUCCCGAACUGCGGUCCCUGGCGGUGAACGCCGGUACAACAUUCGUCGAAGUUUCCAUGGGCCAGGGUCAGCUGAAGCAAGCUGAGUUGGCUUUGGAGGUGGCCUGCAGGGAAGGAGGCUGGGUCUUGCUCAGCAACCUUCAGCUCGCCUUGAAUUGGUUACCACGAUUGGAGAGUCUGCUACGAUCCCCGGCCUGCACCACUGAUCGAAGUCCGAAGACUCGGGUGUGGCUAACCACCGAAGAAUGCCUGGCUGGGUUUUAUCCCGGGCUUUCCGCACUCUGUGCUAAACUGGCUUACGAGCCACCGGAAGGCGUCAAACGAAAUGUCAGGAGAUCGCUGCAGCAACUGUAUCAAGAGAGGCAGGAAAUCGGCGACCCGGCAGAGUCGCUUCUCCUUGCCUGGCUCCACGCGACUCUUCAAGAACGCAGAAGGUUCGUACCGCAGGGAUGGAUCAAGGCUUACGAAUGGAGUGAAACGGACCUUGAAGCAGCGGCAAAACUGGUCGCAGGAUCGGCAGCAAAGGGUGACUGGGAGCAAGGUCGGGGCUUGCUGGACGCCGCCGUUUACGGUGGUCGACUUCAGGAUGCUUACGAUGCUCGUGCUCUGCGUGCUAUCCUCGCCGAUGUUUGGGCGGGGGAUUUGUACUCCGGACGUCGUGACCUCGGCGGUGUUCUUCCAGUUUUUGACGCCUCUGUUCAACAGGAUAUCAAACGGAUCCUCCAGGCCGUUGCCCGACUUCCGGAUCAAGAUCCCCCGAGCGAUUACUUCGGACUUCCUGCCAACGCUGACCGUGCCUGGGAAAGAGCCGCAGCCGAGUCCGCUUUGCUCCUGCUUCGUGGUAUAGCAGCGAAGUCCGAACCCAUUGCAAACGGAGACAGUGUUCCGAACGUUGGAACCACGAGUCCCGACAGUGUCGAAAAGCUCUUGGAUGAGCUGGUCAAACAGCGAAGCUCGAAGGAAAAUGGAAUUGCGGAGGACAAAUCUCAUGGCGAAACUGAUCAGGAUCCUCUGAAUGAAUUCUUCGAUCAGGAAAGGAGAGCGGCUACGAAACUGUUGAAGGGCGUUCAACGCGUAGUUCAGAACAAAGAUUUCCGAUCCGGUGAUGCAAAGACGCCUAAAGAAUGGCUGGAAGAAUGGCCAACGGGUCCAAUCGAGGCGGUACCAUUUGCUUGGAAGGCGAUCGAGAGGCACCGAUUUUUGUGCGGCGAAGUCACGGAGAUCCCCGAUUGUUUGGAUCUAUCUUGGCUGGGAAAACCGGACGCGUUUUUUGCGGCUCUCAAGCAGAGGACGGCCCGAAGGACCGGACGUCCCAUCGAGGAGCUUCUGCUCCGUGCGGAUUGGUCGGAAUCGGACGUGAAUCAGGACGAAGGAUCUCGCUGUGGUGCCACAGUUGAAGGCCUGCUCUUGACCGGUGCGGUAAUUCGCGGCGGCCGACUCGCAGAGGUCGGCGCUGACGAAGCUCCGGUUUUGUCGGCGCCUCGCUGCCGCGUUUCCUACUGGAUCGGGACGUCCGGUGAGUUCGGAUCAACUCGGCAUUCCCAUGAAUGGUUCGUCGAAGUUCCGGUUUACGCGGAUCUCAGGAGAAACCGGCUGAUAUCCGCCCUGCCAGUCGCCUGUGAUCGCGAAAAUCGCGAUGUAUGGCUGCGGCGAGGAGUCGCCCUCCAUCUUACGGCCUCGUCCGUUGCCCGGUCGUAAAUCCGCCAACCGGAUAAUUUUUUCAAAUAAAUUGUAAGAAUUACAAUGACAACUUCUUACGCAAUUUAUACAUGAGAAUUAUUUCUUGUCGAUGAAAUGCGUCGAGAUUCCAGUCAAAAAGCUGAAAUAAAUUUGACUCCAGCCGAGGAUGUGUUUCAUUGAAAUCAAAAUACACCUGCGUGUA